AUGGCUCCUCCAAAUCCCCUAGCCAACUGGGAAAAACUCGGCGACAGUUUCUAUCGCAAAAUUCCGAUUUACGAUGCCGUGUUCGAUGAAGAGGUCGAACUAGAGAACUACAUCGUUGCGGGCGCUCCGUAUGGAGGAGCGAUAGCGCUCUAUCGUGAUGAUAACAAACCUUUCAGGUUACGCGACUCGCAAGCAUUGCGGUCGGGUAUCGACAUUUACUCAUGCUCAGGCAAACUUAUCAAUCAAAUUAAUUGGGACCAAACAACCAUUCGAGGCCUUGGAUGGUCCGACAAAGAGGAACUCCUCGUUGUUGCUGAAGAUGGCACGGUCCGUCGUUACUUUGGGUUAGAUGGCGAGUUCACAUCUUUCUCGCUUGGCAACGGCGCAGAGGAAUACGGGGUGCGGAGCUGCCAAUUUUGGGCCUCCGGUCUAGUGGCUUUGCUGUCUAAUAAUCAGCUAAUCUCUGUCUCAAAAUACGACGAACCACGCCCGCGACUUCUCGCCGCCUGUCCGGAAGGCGAGGUCUCUUCUUGGGCGCUAAGCCCACCCGCGCAUACGCUUUCGCGCUCAGUCGAGGUUCUGCUGGCCGUUGAUAAAACAGUCUAUCUUGUCGAUUCGAAUGAAGCAGAAGAUAAGAUCCUGCAGGACGGGCCAUUCAAGCACCUCAGCGUCUCUCCGUCAGGACGUUUUGUGGCACUUUUCACUGGCGAAGGGAAACUGUGGGUCGUCAGCGUCGACUUCCAGAACAAACUCUGCGAGUACGACUCCAAGUCCCGAGUUGUUCCCAGCUCUAUGAAUUGGUGUGGAGAUGAUGCCGUGGUUCUUGCCUGGGAAGAUGAGAUCCAUUUGGUUGGCCCCAGUGGAGCCGCAUCCAAGUUCUAUUAUGAUGCCCGGGUCCAUGUCAUACCGGAAUUCGAUGGUGUUCGCUUAAUAACGAACGACACGUGUGAAUUCUUACAAAAAGUCACAGAUGUGACGGAGAAGAUCUUCAAGCUAGGCUCUUCUACCCCAGCAUCAGUGCUUCUUGAUUCUGUGGAGCAACUAGAGAAGAUGUCACCAAAGGCCGAUGAACACAUACAGGGCAUCAAAUCAGACCUCCCUGAUGCAGUAGAUACCUGCAUCAAGGCAGCUGGCCAUGAGUUUGAUGUACAUUGGCAGAAACGUCUCUUAAAGGCUGCUUCGUUUGGGAAGUCAGAUCUCGUGCUUUACAACAGUGACGAAUUUGUUGCGAUGACCGAAAAGCUUCGAGUUCUAUUCGCCGUCCGGGAUUUCAAAGUCGGCUUACCACUCUCAUACGAGCAAUAUUUACGCUUGACCCCCGAAGGCCUCAUCGAACGACUCAUAAGUCGCCAUGAGUACAUGCUAGCAAUUCGUGUCUCCGAAUAUCUCGAAAUACCCGCAGAUCGAAUCUAUGUUCACUGGGCGAGUCAAAAGGUCCGGGUCUCCACGGUAGAUGACGAGGCCGUAUGCAAACUCAUUGUCCAAAGACUGGAAGGAAAGCCGGGUAUCUCUUUCGAAACAAUCGCACAAACCGCCUACGACGAAGGACGAACACACUUGGCUACUAAGCUGCUUGACCACGAACCUCGUGCUGGCAAGCAGGUGCCUCUGCUAUUGAACAUGGAAGAGGAUGAGGUGGCACUGGAUAAGGCGAUUGAAAGUGGCGACGACGACCUGGUAAACUACGUUCUUUUGCACUUGAAGAGUAAGCUACCUCUCGCCAGCUUUUUCCGCACGAUCAACAGCCGCCCUAUGGCAUCUGCAUUGGUUGAAACUGCUGCCCGAGGUGAAGAUACGGAACUUCUCAAGGAUCUAUUCUAUCAAGAUGAUCGACCUGUCGAUGGCUCGAAUGUCUUGCUGUCGGAAGCUCUACGAGAAAUUGAACCAGAGCGCAAAACCGAGAAACUUCACCUGGCGGCACGUUUACUAUCCGACUCAAAGGAUCCAACGGUGGUACUACAGCAGAAACUUGUUUCGGAGGCCUCACAACUUCUAAAGGCUCAAGAAGCUUUGGACAAGGACCUUGCAGACCGCGCUGAGUUCCUCGGUCUCAGUCUGAAUGAGACGAUAUAUAGACUAUUCCGAGCGGGCUACGGGAAACGAGCGCAUAAGAUGCAAUCGGAAUUCAAGAUGCCAGAGAAGACUUACUGGUGGCUACGAUUAAGAGCGCUGGUCGCAAAAAGGGACUGGGGCGAAUUGGAAGAAAUCGCAAAGGCGAAGAAGUCCCCAAUUGGAUGGGAGCCCUUUUAUAACGAGGUUCUCGGUGCAGGAAACACGAAGUUGGCAUCCGCGUUUGUCCCGAAAUGCACAACUCUAAAACCUGCUGAGCGGAUUGAAAUGUGGGUGAAGUGUGGCAUGAUCAUCAAGGCAGGAGAAGAGGCACAAAAAGCCAAGGACCUGGGUACCCUUGAAGCCCUUCGAACCAAAGCGUCUGGGCCGGCGUCCGCAGAGAUCGAACGUAUGAUCAACCAACUCAAGCCAAGGAAGUAA